UCUUAAGUCAAUAAAUGUCAAAAUUUUUGUCGAAAUUCAUUCAAAUAACAUCUGGGAAUCUGCAGGCAAAACACAUAAAAAUAACCACAAUGUCCAAAAGAAGUAGUUUCCACAGGGCUCCAAAAUUUAAACCUGAAGUUAAGAUGGUCAAUAACCCGCCUAAGACCUUUACCAUGACAAGUAGAAAGGAGAAAGUGGAGGUUCUUCCAGAACCCAUCAAAUCUGUAUCGGAUAAAAAACUUUACAAGACCAUAAGACUAGAGAAUGGCCUCACAGCACUCCUUAUAUCAGAUCCGAGUCGGCAGUUUAUUGCUGAUAGUAACAGUUCAAGCGAAGAGGAGAGCAGUGGCACUGAGGAGAGUUCUGGUACAGAGAGUGACGGUGCCAAAUCUGGUCAGUCUGCUGCAAGUGACCAACAUGGAACCAAGAGACGUGCUGAGUUUGAUGAGGAAAAACUGGCAGCAUGCGCUCUGUGCGUGGGAGUGGGCAGCUACAGCGAUCCUGCCGACAUCCAAGGACUUGCACAUUUCGUCGAGCACAUGGUCUUUAUGGGCAGCGAGAAAUACCCUAAAGAAAAUGAGUUUGAUGCCUUCAUUAAGAAAAAAGGGGGGUCUGAUAACGCAUCAACAGACUGUGAAGUAACGACCUUCUAUUUCGAAAUCCAAGAGAAGCACCUCCCUCACGCAAUGGAUAUGUUCAGCCAGUUCUUCGUCAGCCCGCUUAUGAAGAAGGAGGCGAUGCAGCGGGAACGGGAAGCCAUCGAGUCAGAAUUCGCGAUCGCCGCACCGUCGGACUCCAACCGCAAGGACCAGCUGCUGUCGAGCCUGUUCCCGGCGGGGCACCCGGCGCGCACGUUCACGUGGGGCAACCUGCGCAGCUUGCGCGACGACGUGCGCGACGACGAGGCGCUGCACCGCGCCGCGCACGACUUCCGCAAGCGCCACUACAGCGCGCACCGGAUGACUGUCGCCGUUCAGGCCCGCAUGGACCUCUCAUCUCUCGAACAGUACGUCAUAAACACUUUCGGGCAAAUUCCCACAAACAAAUUGCCUGCAGAUGACUUCGGGGAGUUUGCCUUCAAACCGGACACCGUCACGCCAGAAUUUAGGAGUAUUUACUACGUGAAACCUAUUAGCGAUACUACAGAGGUGCACUUGACUUGGUGUAUGCGCUCCUUACUGUCCGAAUAUGAAUCCAAACCGCAUCAAUAUAUUUCAUACUUACUGGGACACGAGGGCAAGGGCAGUUUACUAUCGUAUCUUAGAAAAAAGGUAUGGGCAUUAGGUAUUUAUACUGGGAACUCUGAAAGUGGCAUCGACUAUACAUCCAUGUAUAGCUUAUUUUCCACGCAAGUUGUUCUUACUAAAGAGGGACUCGAUCAUAUUGACGAGGUUUUAGAAGCAAUAUUCUCAUACAUUAGUAUGUUAAAGAAAAUAGGACCGACUGAAAGCAUUUAUGAUGAAAUAAAGACAAUAGAAGAGACGAGUUUUCGAUUUGAAGAGGAGUCUCAACCCUCGGACUAUGUGGAGACUCUGGCAGAGAAUAUGCACUUCUUCCCCUCCGAGCAUUAUAUCACUGGAGACAGAUUGUAUUACAAGUACGAUCCUAAGGGUAUAACACAGUUAUUGGAGUGUAUGAGCGCAGACAGUGUUAAUAUAAUGAUCUUGUCUAACAAGCACACUGUACCCAUACAGUACGACGCUAAGGAGAAAUGGUUCGGAACAGAAUACAAGAGGAUAGAUGUCCCUCCAGCGUGGCUUAAUAAAUGGUUAACAGUGGAGCCAUACAAACAAUUUCAUGUACCGGAUAAAAAUAUCUACCUCACGACCAAUUUUGACCUCAUCCCGCCUGUACAGCCUUAUCUAGACGAGGCAGAGAGGCUUGGCGUGGACUUAACCAAUAGUUCAAUUAAAGAUAUACAUAAUAAAGUGUCGUCGAGUGAAAAAACUAGUAUCGUGCUGCAGCAAGGAGAUUUGAUUGCGACUAUAAACAACUUUAGGUUAGAUCAACCCAAUCUAUUGCGCAAAAACCGUCAUAUGGAACUGUGGUACAAGCCAGACUUCAAGUUCAGAUUUCCUACCGCCCUACUUUACUUGUACUUCAUCACACCGUUGAGUCUCAAGUCGCCGAGAGAGGCUUGUCUUAUUGAUCUCUGGACAGAUGUGUUGCAACAAGGACUUAAGGAAGAAGUGUACCCAGCAAAUAUGGCCGAUUUGACGCACUCAUUGUACGUCUCUGAUAAAGGGUUAACCCUGAAAGUGAACGGUUACAGCCAAAACUUACACUUGCUGGUGGAGCUGGUGACGCGCGAGAUGCGCACGUCGACGGCGUCCCUGACGGCGGGCAUGUUCGAGGCGGUGCGCGACGCGCGCGCGCGCACCUACCACAACGUGCUCAUCAAGCCGCACAAGCUGGCCAAGGACCUUCGAAUGAACAUAUUACUACAGCCUUAUAUUUCGCCGCGAGAUAAGGCGAUGAUCAUACAGAAUGUCACAUUGUCAGAACUCAAGGAUUUCACUGAGAAGCUAUUGGACAGGCUAUAUGUGCAGGUGUUGGUUCAAGGGAAUCUGGCGUGGCACGAAGCGAUCAAAAUAUCUGAAAAUGUUUUGGACAACAUUAAAUGGGAGGGAAUAUCGGAAACGGAAAUGCCAGAGAUCAAAGUCCACCAGUUACCCCUCGGCGAGCAUAAGAUAAGAGUCCAGAGCUUAAACCCUGCUUCCACUAACAGCAUCGUCACUAACUAUUAUCAGGGUGAAAGCACUACUUCCAAAGACACUGCUACUCUCGAGGUUUUGAUGAUGUUAAUGGAAGAGCCAGUAUUCGACGCUCUUCGCACUAAAGAGCAGUUGGGCUACAGUGUCUUCAGCAUGAUGCGCUACACCUUUGGAGUCCUGGGCUUCUCCAUCACUAUCAAUACGCAGGUCGACAAAUUCAGCGUAUCGCACGUGGACCGGCGCGUGGAAGUGUUCCUCAAGAAGUUCGCUCGCGACACCAAGCGCGGCGGGGAGAAAGCGCUGGCCGCCGCGCGCCGCUCGCUCGUGCAGCUCAAACACACCACCGACUACGAGCUCAAAGAGGAGGUUGAGAGAAAUUGGCGGGAAAUCGUGAGCCAGGAGUACAAAUUUCAAAGAUUGUAUAGAGAGGCUGAAGCGAUAGAGAAAAUAAGAUUGGCAGAUAUAAUGCGUUGGAUUGAAAACCAUUUCCCUACUGGGAAUAAAUCUCUCUUCAGAAAAUUGUCUGUUCAGAUCGUGGGCAACAAACCUAAAGAGGACAACGCAAUAAGCACAGAAAUCCAACCAAAGAAAUACGACUUGACGUACUUGAACUCCAGCGAACCAAUCGGCGACUCGCACGAAAACUCCGCAGAAUUCAUACACGACAUAGACGCGUUCAAGAGAGAUCUGCCCAUCAUUGAUGUUCCUAGAGUCGAGCUGGCUCAAUGUUGACAGGGUUAUAGAAUUUUAAACAAAAAUAUGUGUAUAUAAUAGUGUUAAUUUAAUUUAUUUUCUGGUACCGGUUUUACGCCUAAUCGGCUGUUGAGACAGAAACGAGUACGAGCGUUUUCUUAUCUGUAAAAAUAAUUCGUUUACAGCCUCCAGAGACGUUCAUCUGUCUAGUGUUGAUUGAACAUAACAGAUAAGGACCUAAACUCAAAACUGCAAUACGACGACGCCAUGUAAUUACGUGACACGUAAAACUCAGACAGACCGUCUUGCGACGCGGAUCAUGUCGCAACUCUCAGGGUGAGAUCUAUAGAGCGCGCUCUGCCUUUGCUUAGACUUAAGACAGAGUUAAAACGAGACAGAGCUAUAUCUCUCACAUAAAUCUGUCUCGUUUUAACUCAAUCUUAAGUCAGAGCAAAGUCAAAGUGCGCUUUAUAGAUUUCAGCCUCAGUUCCUCACGAUGCGGUUUUGAGUUUAGGCCCUGACCCAGGCGAUUGUGGCUAAUUUUUCAGAAAUGAUAAUGACGUUAUCAGCACGUCUAUAUUGUACUGAUAAAUGCGUUUCAUGGCUUAUAUUUUAUUGUGCAAUAAACUUGAAUAGCUUUUAUCUAUAUAAAUUGUACUGCUACUCUCCUCUCUUUGGCUCCGCUUGGCUAAAGGUGAACGUCCAUUGAUGCCUGCGGAAACGCUACGCGCGUUUUUUAUCUGUGAACAUGUCUGUGGUAUUAUCCAUGCAGUCAAAUAGACGGAUACAAAUGACGAUAACGUACACGCAUGUGUAGUACCUAUAUGUACCUGCAUAGCUUGCACCGUUAAUUACAAUUACUUUAUUAUAAGAUAUGCUACAAAAAUGUUUGAAAAUACCAUUGUAGCUGCAGUGAAUUUCAAAUAGUAGCUAGUAUUUAUCGAAUUAAUAGUGCAGGUAAUAUUAAUAGUAAAAUACAGGUAGAUGUUCAGUUUCUUGACCAAUUAUAUUGAGUAUAUUAAUAUAUUGAGAUAUUGGUACUUAAUUUGUAAAGAUAAAUUAUGACAUAAUUUUCUUCUAUUUAUUAAUAGCAAAUGGAAUCCCUAUUUACUGUGAAAAAGUAUGAGUAAAACUUAUUUUGAGUUAGAUUACCGAUGAAAUCCUUUCAUAAUAAUAGUUCGAGAUUGUUAAAUUAUUAUUAAUUACCAUUACAAUAUAUUUUUUAAAUAAUUAAGUUAUUUACUGUUACUUACUGGUACUUGUUUUUUUAUACAUCAGCAAAUUUUCACGAAACUUAUUGUAAUUUUUGCUGCUAAUUAGAGCUGUAGCGAACCGUAUGUAUUCGUUACUGAGUAACGGGUGCGCCAUCUAGUACCGAGUACCGAAUCGUUACUCUCAAAUGCAUCUCGUUACUCGCACUUUUCGUCGUAUGACCGUUCCUAUGGUUCCUACACUGUUUCGGUUCACGCAAGUACCGUAGAUACGUGUAUUGAAACGUUUGCUAACCGUAUGUUUUACGCGCAGGCGCGCUCAUUCGGUGAAUUUAAAAACGUACGUUACAAAGGCCGAUGUUUGUUUAGUUUAUUGUUAAAAUUUUAAAAACGUAUGAUUCUGUUAUGGUAUCGUUCAAAUAAGCUUAAUAUUGAGACAGUUAUUUGGAAAUUACAGACAGAUACUCUAAUUUUAUGUAAUAGUAUAGAUAUUUAACAUAAGCUCAAGCUCAAGGUUAAAAUUUUUAAUAUUUUAGUAGAUUCCGUCAACAGUUCAUUUGUAGUUCUACACUUAUUAAAUCAAACUAAAUUGAGAAUAACUUAAACACACGUCUGGUCCAAAAUACGGAAAAGUGAGAAUUUGCACCUUACGCAGCUUUGUAUGUAAUGUAGACAUAUAAGUAUGUUUUCUACAAAUUACGAAUGUUGCGAUGCGGACGCCGCGACUUCAUACUGUCGUACGCAAUACGACUCGAUUCGUUCAUCUUACGUGGUAUCAAAAGUAACGAGUAACGAUACGAAAGUAACGAGUACUAAUUGUUAUAGUAACGAAUGCAUACGGGUACGCUCGUUUUCGUUACUUUUACACCUCUACUGCUAAUAUUAUGUAAAUAUCAUAGAUUUUACUGAGUUUUAUCCAGUCUACAUACACCUAUAAAUUAUACUAUGAGUUAAAGCUAAACGCUUCUAUAUGAACAAAAAUAUAUGGAAUACGUUUUCAA